GCCAAUCAAACUCAAAAUAAAGAUGCCUCCGAGAUCGAUAAAAAAUGGCAUCCUCUCAGAUUUUCAGGCGAAAACUGGACCACGAAUUAGCAUAACUCCGCUCUGAUUUUUUUUUUUUUUUUUGGGUUCCCUCGUAAAUUUUGUAUUUGGAUUCUCUGGUACUACUGGAAGCGCCCAAAAUGCACGCCUUUCCACUCUCGUCCGAAUCAUCCUAUUCUUUUCUAUUCUUGCAAGCACCGCCUUCUAGUCCUAUCAAUCAUUCCCUUUUGCUUUCUGACCCCUCUAAGUCGAUUUCUCAGCCCCACCUAUUUGUUUUUGCUUCCUCUUCUCCGAAAUCAUGCUCCUUCAAAUCGAGCCCUUGCUUGUAUUGUAGCUCAAAAUCCCAGUACCCCUUCUUGAGUGAUGACGAAGAAGACAGAGACUAUCUGAAUUUUGUAAAUUAUGCAUCUGGCACUGAUGGGGGUGCUUAUUCUUCUAUCGAUGUAGAUGAAGAGUCAGAAUUUCUUGAUGAGGGUGAGGUGUACAUUGAGGUGAAGAAUUUGGAGAAGAACUCGCGCAGAAUUGAAUCCAGGAUUCCCAUUGACGCACCCCUUGCCACCGUUUGGAAUAUCUUGACUGAUUAUGAAAGGUUGGCGGACUUCAUUCCCGGUCUUGCUGUCAGCGAAUUGCUUGAAAAAGGAGAAAAUUAUGCCCGACUUUUUCAGGUUGGAGAGCAGAACUUGGCAUUUGGAUUAAAAUUUAAUGCUAAAGGAGUUGUAGAUUGUUAUGAGAAGGAAUUGGAGAGUCUUCCUUCUGGUAUGAAGCGUGACAUUGAAUUCAAGAUGACUGAAGGAGAUUUUCAACUCUUUGAAGGAAAAUGGUCUAUUUUACAGUCCAACUCCAACGGUGAAAGUCUAGAAGAAUCGGAAGUCCAAGAAAGCAAGACAACUCUUUCGUAUAUCGUCGAUGUAAAGCCAAAAAUGUGGAUGCCUGUUGGUCUGAUAGAGAGUAGGCUCUGCAAUGAGAUAAAAAAGAACCUUAUAUCCAUCAGGGAUGAAGCUCGAAAAGCUACCUGACUGUGCAAGCAUAUUAACUUGAUUCGCCUUGUUCUCCUUUAUGGAUCAUAGAAACCGACUGGAAGCGUAACAAUUUUCUGAUGAUCAUUGGUGUUAUAAAUGUCAGUUUCAACUUCAUAAAGUUGAUCCCUUGGGCUUAAACAUGUUAUAGCUAGUUUCUCCAAGGUAGGAACUAUGAUUCUGCCGAAUCAAUAUAAGUUGGCCCGCAGGGCAAACAUCAUUGUUCAACUGUUCCUGGACAUUGUCUUGUAAUAGUCAUCAAGGACAUCAACCACCCAGGAAUCGGUUUCCGCAAUUAAAGGCAAAUUACACCGUACAUCGGUUUUUGUGGUUU